UGUAUACUCUCGGACGAAACAUUCCCCAUUCGACGAACAGAAAAGAAAAACCCCAUUGAAGGCGACCACAUGAACACAACUCCCGUUCGUCAGCGGCCCUCUUCUCCGUCGACGUUGCCGUCGCCGCCCAACUCGCCUUCUUCUCCGACGCAUCUGCCCUCUUAUCUCUUGGCCUCUUUGCUCGAUUCUUCCCCAAAAAGUUUGCUUUGCAGGCUCGAUUUGCAGGUGAAGCAAGUAGACCACCAUUGUAGCUCUCCAAGAUCGAUUUGCAGUUUUGGAUUUUCAAUUUUCGAUAAUUGAAAUUUUGGGCUUAAUGGUGGCUGAUUUGGAGUUGGGGAUGAAUUUUGAGGUUAUGAUUUGAACAGUUAAUGGACCAUGUAUUGCAUUGAACAAUAUGAUUCAAAACUCAAAUUGAAGAACAUUUGUCGCCCUUUAUCGAUUCAGCUUACUCGGUAAUUUGCCAAGCAAUCCACCAUAUAAUUCUCAAAUUUAUGUAUGUAAGCAUUUAAAUAAACAUUUGUAGUUGACACUUUUAAUGUGUAUUAUUAGACACAUUUAAUGUAUUAUUAGACAAUGUUAAUUAGUAAUAUGUAUUUGUAUUUGAUACUUUUUUAGGUUUAUUAGGUUUAUUGUAAUGUUAUUUGUUUUGUGGUUGAAU